UGUUCCAUCCGGGUCCUUGGGGCGGCCGUUGGGCGAUGGCGACGGUAGCGGAGCUGAAAGCAGUUUUAAAGGACACCCUGGAAAAAAGAGGUGCUCUUGGACAAAUAAAAGCAAGGAUCAGAGCUGAAGUUUUUAACGCGCUGGAUGAUCAAAGUGAACCACGGCCACCACUGUCUCAUGAAAAUCUCUUAAUCAAUGAACUGAUUCGUGAAUACCUGGAAUAUAACAAAUAUAAAUACGCAGCAUCUGUUUUAACUGCAGAAUCUGGCCAGCCUGAAGUGCCCUUGGAUAGACAGUUUCUUGCCAAAGAGCUGAACAUAGUUGAAGACUCAAAUGGAAAAUCAGUCAGACCUCUCUUGUACGGAAUUAUCUCUCAUUUCUUACAUGGUGGUAAAGAAGAAAGUACCCAGAAUACCCUCCCAAAAGUGUCUUUGCUGAAUUAUCCAAAGCAGAACCUUGGCAAACUACCUACUGAGAGAAAUCAAAAAGCUGGAAUUCCAGAACUAGGAAGGAUGGCUGGCGUGAGCAUCGAAGAGCCCCUUGUUUUACAAAGUAUAAACAGAUGAUAUUUUUCAUAUGCUAAUUUCUCAUGUAAAGUUCUGUAAGAGAAUUUAGGAAAUUCUUCUUCGCAUAAACUUCCCCAAUAUGUCCAGUGGGACCAUUUCAGCUUGUUAGAUCUACCCAUGAGACAGGAUGACAGGGUCAUACUAACUGUCAAUGAGAAAAAUGUUAGCAAAGGCUCUCUUCCUCCAGUGCUGAUAGAAGUAAAACUGUGUAUGAAGUCAGAUUAGUGAAGCCUGUGGCUAGAAUUUGGCCUAAAAAUACUGGGUUUACUUUAUAAAAAUUUAUGAGAUAACUUAAAAUUUCUGCACUUUCCUUAUUAUGUUAUG